AGACUACUUCCUGCUUCCUGUUUCCUUCAGGGAUCUUCUGCACCAUCUCCCUGUGUACGUACGCGGCCAGCGUGACCUACGACCUCUCCAGGAACCCGCCCUUCAUCUACGGGCUGCCGGGGGACGUGGACCACGGAUACGGCUGGUCCAUCUGCUGCGCCUGGGCCAGCCUGGGCGUCACCGUGGCAUCCGGCUGCCUCGGGACCACCUUCCCCUUCCUCAGCCGGGCCGGAGCCCUGCGCUCCAAGACCGCCCGCGAGUCCUCCGUCUGAGGGGGUCUGCCGGGCCGGAGCCCUGCGCUCCAAGACCGCCCGCGAGUCCUCCGUCUGAGGGGGUCUGCCGGGCCGGAGCCCUGCGCUCCAAGACCGCCCGCGAGUCCUCCGUCUGAGGAGCACCGGGGAGUCUGCCGGACCGGGAUGCUCCUGGGUCACGGGACGUCGCGGUCUGGACGGGUUUACGUGUUCCUGGUCCUGGUCCUGGUCCUGGUCCUGGCAGGAACUCAACAUGUUUCUAAAGUGUCUCAAUGAAUCUGAAGCAAAGUGUUAGUAAGACCCUGCUGGGUGAUUAGGCACACACACACACACACACACACCACACACACACAAACACGCACACACACCACACAACACACACACACACA